CGACAUCAUUCUGACUUCCGACUCCGGAGCUCCAACUAGAACAGCAAUCUAACAGCAAGAUGCGCGCCUUUGUCGUCCUGUGCCUCGUGGCCAUCGCCUCCGCCGACAAGCUCGGCUACAACUACAAGCCCGUGGGCCACUCCAGCUCCGGACUCUCCUUCGCUCCUGGAAGCGGUGGAUCCCUGAGCCUGGGAGGCGGCGGUGGAUCCUUGAGCCUAGGAGGCAGCGGUGGAUCCUUGAGCCUGGGAGGCGGCGGUGGAUCCGUGAGCCUGGGAGGCGGCAGCAACUUCGGCAGCUUGGACGGCGGCUUUGGCGGUGGCUCCAUCGAUCUGGGAUCCUCUGGACUGGGAUCUGGUCUUGGAUCCUCCGGUCUUGGAUCUGGACUCGGAUCCUCCGGCUUCGGAGCCGAUCUGGGUUCCGCCGGACUGAGCGCCCCCGUCUCCUACAACGCCCCCGCUCCCGCUGCUGAGCUCCAGAAGGAGUUCUUCACCUACACCGCCGACGAAGCCGAUUUCGAUGAGCCUCAGGCUUUGGAACGCGUUGCCAGCUCCGUGAACAAGGGUCUGCGUGUUGUCUUCAUCAAGGGACCCGAGAACCGUGGUCUGGAGAACGCUGCUCUGGCUCUGGCCAAGCAGGCUGCCCAGCAGGAGACCGCCAUCUAUGUCCUGAACAAGCAGGCCGAUAUUGGAGAUCUGGCCAGCAAGUUGAACGCCAUCCGCAGCAACUCCAACAACAAGCCCGAGGUGCACUUCGUCAAGUACCGCACUCCCGAGGAUGCUGCCAACGCCCAGCGCGCCAUCCAGUCGCAGUACGAUCAGUUGGGAGGAUCCAGCCAGGCCCACAACGGUGGUGUUGCCUCCGCCCUGAACUUCGCCUCUGCUGGACCAGUGCGUCAGGCCACCGCCCAGAUCCCCGAGAACUCGUACCUGCCAUCGUCGGUGCUGCGUCGUCUGCGUUACCGCCACUAGGAAGUGCCAUGCCAUUGCUUUUGAAGCUGCCCUAUUUGUUGACUUUAUUGUGUUAUCUGUUGAUUUGUCGAACGAACCGCUCAAAUACAAUUCUUUUUAAAAUUAA